AUGAUAGUGCUGUUUGUUUUAAUAGUGUACAUUUUACAAAGCAUCCAAGGAUAUGCAGGUUUUGCAGGUCCAAAUCGCGACAAAAUUGUAGCAUGCUACUACACAAACUGGGCUAUGUACAGAAAUGGUGCGGGGAGUUUCGACAUCUCUAACAUAGAUGCUUCCCUCUGUAGUCACUUGAUCUAUGCGUACGUAGGUCUCGACGAAAAAUCUUUUGUAAUUAAAAGUCUUGAUCCGAAGCAAGAUUUAGACGAAGAUGGUGGAAAGGGAGGGUUUAAGAGAGUAGCUGCUCUUAAAGAACAACAUAAAUAUCUUAAAACUAUCGUUUCUAUUGGAGGAUGGAAUGAAGGAUCGAUAAAAUACUCUAAAAUGGCAGCCAAUCCAAGAUUAAGAAGUAUAUUUGUAAAAAGCGUUGUCAAAUUUUUAAUCACUCACAAAUUCGAUGGUCUAGACUUGCAUUGGGACUGCCCAACAAAAAGAGGUGGAAUUCCCGAGGAUAAGACGAAUUAUGUCAGUUUAAUCAAGGAAUUAUCAGAAGCUUUCGAACCUAAAGGCUUUAUCUUAAUGGGUUCUCUCAAGAGUGGUCCAGAAGAAAUGGCCUCCAUUUACGAUUUAGUUUAUGUAAACUUUUAUUUCGACUUCAUGAACAUAAUAGCAUAUGAUUACCACGGGCCUUGGAACGGUGUUGUGGGUCCCAAUGCACCUUUACAUGGAAAUAGUGAUAAUGAUGUUUUAAGUGUGGAAUAUUCUGUUAAACAUCUACUAGCAAAUGGAUUAACACCAAGCAAAAUAAUUCUCGAUAUAUGCACGCAUGGAAGGACAUUUAUUUUUAAAAAUCCCGGUGUCAAAAGCGUGGUUUUUGGUGAAACGGAAACUAAAUUUUCAGGUUUCGCUUCAGAAUUCAGCGGUGCCAAAGGAUUUAUAGGAUACAAUGAAGUAAGAAUUGCCUUUUGUAUU